AUUCUUUGCACUUUGACAAGGAAACCAAAUUUAUCUUAUAUAUAUAUAUAUAUAUAAAUGGGAGCAUCAAUAUGCUCUGAGUACCUUUUUACUCCUUGUUGAGGAAUGGAGCUUAAAAAAGUCAACCACAAUUUGUUCCAGAAUCGAGGACAGGUCCUAAUGAUCAUAAAAGGUUUGUUCAGGAGAUAUGAAAGAUGGAAUCCAGUGCAUCCAACAUCUGGAGCUUUUUGGGGCAUGGGAAUAGGCAUUGGUUGUGGGGUUGGAUGGGGUCCUGGCUUUGGUCCUGAGGUGAUUGGUUAUGUUGGAGCUGGCUGUGGUGUUGGAUUUAGUGUUGGCAUCACUCUGGCUGGUUUCGGCAUUGGUCUCCCUGCAAAUUAUGUCUUGGAAGUUCCUUAUAACGCUUUUAUGGCUGCAAGAAGUGGUGCAUUGGAGUUUGCUCGAUCCAGUGCUCUUCUUAGUGUGGGAAAUGGGUGGAGUAAUAUUAGCCCACACUUCUCUGGCUUACAAAGGAAAGCACUUAGAAGGUUUUCUAGCUUCAAGCAUAAAGAUUUAUAUGACAAAGUGGUAAAUUUUUCGGACAUGAAGAGUGUAAUGUCUUCCCAUACUAGUGCUAUUGUGAAUCAUUUACAGAAAUUUGGUGCUCGCUUCCAUCCUCAUAAAGGCUUGAAAGAUUGAUGUCAUGUAGGAAUCUCAUUCUCUGGACCAUAUUGUGAAGAAUUUUACCAUUGGACUCUCAGUUCUCCUUUUUCUUUUCUUCUUAUUAUUGUUGAUUACAAGCCUUCUUGUAUGUUCUUCCCUGUGAAAUGUUCACCAGCUUCACAAAUUGUCUCUACUCUGAAGAGAGAUGAAAAAGUAAAAUAUUGAAUUUGAAAAAAGAAAAGUUAUGCUCUACUCAGCAUGUGGCAUUACCGGUCAUCAACAAGCACAGGCAGAGAACAGAGAACUUUCCUGAAUGUUGGUAUAUGUAUUGAAAAAACAUCACAGCCUGACAAAAGCAGGGGUGAAAACUUUGGUAAAGAAAUGAAAGGAAAAGUAGCAUUUCUCAUUUUUUUACCACAAAGGUUUGCUUCUCCUAAGUGCAAAAAUGUUCUUUGGAGUCUCGUUUCCGUGCCCAUGCUAGAGAGAACAAGAAUAUAGCUUCUUGCAAUUUUAAGAAUAAUCAAUGGAUGUAUUGUUUGUCAACAUUUUCUUCAGUGCAGAUACCACACUUUUGUGUAAACCAUCACUGUUGGACAAAAAAUUAGAUUGAAGGAUUGAUUCCUUGGCUCCACAAACAGAUGCAAGGAAGUUUAUUAGGCCAGUGUGCCCCCAAAAGAAAUUCCUCUCUAUUAUAUAUAGUUAAUCUAGAAAAUGAACAUCGACAUUGUCAAUGCGAGUGCAAUUGGAGGUUUGAGUUU